CUGGUGGCUAUUGCCGUGCACUAUAAUAUUAUAGUAGUAGUAGUAGUGGUAACGUCCACUGGGCCCUCUCGACUCUAUCCUGUUAUUUCGUGUUUUUCUUUCCUCUCCGAAUUUGUGUCCAAUUUUUUUUCGUUUUCCGAUUAUCAUAUCAUCGACGGCCGGAUGUGUGUUUCUCGGUGUUAAGUUUCUCGCUCGACGCAAAUCGAGAAACGCGUGUCCAACGACGACGAUGGCUGAACAAUAAUAACGCGAAACAUAACACAAGUGUGCCGCCGUACUACGUCGUAAUCGAGAUCAAUCAAUAACGGGAACGGCCUUUGGGUUCUUGUGAUUGCAUUUUUUUUUUUUUUUUUUUUUUUUUGGAAUUACACAUCUAUUAUCGAUUACACGUUCGUGGCCGUGUGUGUGUGUGUGCGUGCAAAGGAGAAAUUCGGCCCAAAAUGAUCGACUUGACGAUUAAAACGUUGGACUCGCGCAAUCACAAAUUCCGAGUGCCCGACACCUUCACCGUGCUGGAACUCAAAGAACACAUUGCGGAACAAGUCAACGUUGCCGUGGUCCAGCAAAGGUUGAUAUUCUGCGGUCGCGUCCUCAGCAAUGAAACCAAACUCGCCGACAUCGGAAUCGAUGGAAAAGUUAUGCAUCUUGUUCAAAAAGUACCGCGCUUGGCGAGUACUACUACUGGGACGUCGUCGUCGUCUUCCACGACAACAAAUACGAAUAGCCGUUUAGGACAAGGCGGUAUAGGCCCAGGUUUCAGAGGAUGGCACGCGCACGACCCUACAGUAGUAUUCGGCGCUAUUGGUAUACCUUCAGAUUUCAUGCACGUACGAGAAAUUCCACGUCCGGCUAACAACAGGAAUAACAGCACCAGGAACCGAUUGUCGAUGGCUAUGGAUAUGAUACAAAAAAGCAACGCGAUUUUAGACACGCUCGAAAACCCUUCGGCCAGUCAGAACGAACAGGCGUCUACAAACGAUACAGAACAACAGCCGCCGGAGCAAUUUUCAGAAGAACCUACGCAAGACGAGGCAGCCGGCGAAAGUUUCUCCGACGCUCUUUCCCCGCCGACACAACCCGACCAGGAUUCCGUAAAUGUGAGCUAUGAAGUCGACGAAACGUACCCAAACACUGUUGUCGUUACAAUUGACGCUACACAUCAUAUGCGGAUGCCUCAAGGGUUAAUGCAACACAUGCAAAAUCAAUUGAACGCCGAUUCCGCGAAUCAGUUGAACGCCGAUUCCGCGAAUCAGUUGAACGCCGAUUCCGCGAAUCCAGUUGCUCGAGAUCCCAACGAACAGAGUCAGGCUGUUGAAGACGAAGCUGCGUCGGCCUCGGUAAACGUUUCGACUCAAUCGUCCACCACUCAGCCACAAGCAGAACAAGUUGCCGCCAGUACAACUCCUGCAGCAGCAGCGGCGGCGGCGGCAGCUGAACAAAAUCCAAGGGACGACCAAACUGCAGAAAAUAGAUCUAUGUCUAUCAGCCACGAUAGAAAUCGUCUUAAGAAACUGAUUGAAGAACUGAAUAAACUGAAUGCCAGAUUUCAGCCAUUUUACCAUAGUUACUGUCAAUAUAUAACCGACGAUCCUCAAUUCGAAUCUGCCGAUGGUGAAAACGGUUCGACCCGAGCUCAAAGCGUUUUCAACGGCGUGUCGGAAGUGAUGCAUUACAUAUCGCACAUAUAUCACGCUAUAAGCGAUCUGAAAGUAUCGUUCAACAGACCGCCUCCGCGUCCGUUCCAGUCGCGCGGCUGUCUUUUGCAAAGAGGCAUUUUACAUACGGCCCAUUCAAUUCCGGUGGCCGCGGUGCCGCCGCCAACUCAGCAACCCAGCUCCACCCAGACGACCAAUUCGAACCAAUCCAUUCCUAGCGUACGAGCCUUCAGACUUGACUUUAUGAACCCCGAAGGAGGGACUCCUGAACCGGUUAGUGUAAACUUAACAAAUUUAGCUCAAGCCGAAGCCAAUACAAACGCGGCGGCGACUGAAUCGAAUGCUGAAAGUAACAACACUACUAAUAAUACUUCUGGUACAUCCGAGUUUCCAGCCGGCACUCCGCACAGUGUUGAGUUGAUGUUUGAUCUUACUCCGGGCGGUAUUCGAAUCGACUCUCUCGAAGCGGCUUUCGUAGCUCCUAACGCUUCUUCGGCGGCGCCAAACCAACAGCCGCCAACAGCUGCGUCUACUCAAUCGACAACGGCCAGCAGUGAAGUGCCACCGCCCAAUAACAUGUCGUCGAUGCCAAUCGAUUGGAUGGAUCAAAUGAUUGAUGUUAUUUCUAGUGGCGUACGUCGUCCGUUCAUGCCUGAUCAACCUUUAGACUGGGUUAGCGUUCCAACGACUUCUACUCGGACACCUCGCGUCACUCCGAGGACUACGGAUUCUUCGUCGACGUCAAACACUCCAUCUUCGGGAAUAUCAUCGCGAGAACGAGGAAACUCUCGUUUGGAUCCGUUUUUGCCAUGCAGUUCACAUCAUUUUGAAUCGCAUUUAAGAUCAAUGGUGCUAGCCAGGCGGCCGAGAGGAACGUCCGCUGGUAAUAAUUCGAGUUCUAGUCCGAUGACGCCCGCUUCGCCGCCCGAGAUGAGACAGUUCACAGGCAGACGUCGCAACAGGCCCUUCGACGAUCAAGAGUUGGGCUUUGGCCUGCACGUACUUCCUAUUCCUUGGGGAAGAAAUCGUAACAACGUCGCUACGACUUCGGCAAACAACACUGCCGCUCAAACUACUCCGCAGCAGGCUAGCGGCGGGGCCAGUGCUGCAAACACGAUAGCUGGACAAAUAAGAGUGGGCAUGGAGAGCGUUUUUAGCACAAUUGAAAGAGAAGCCCUUAGGUCUCGUGACGCCAAUGGACAACCCGCCAAUAUUUCAGUACAACCGGCUUCUUUAAAUAACCGUACUUCUGGUAUAAGUAUUGGUUAUUUGCAAGGUCUCGAGUCGCAAAUAAAUACAGAUCUAUUGGAUUUACGUGGUCGAGACGAACUUUUGUUCAGAACUAUUGGAACUAUAUCUUUUUUCACCAGCAUGGCAGGUCGAUCCGUGCUGAUGGACAUUUUCCUGACGAUCGCUCGCGAAUGGACUCUACACGACAUACUGUAUUUGAACACAAGAUCUGAACAGUCGUCCAUCGUACAGCAUCCCGUUUCCAGACACAGAGACGCUUUGACCAAUUUCGUUUUGGACCGAAUCAUGCUUAACCAGCCGCCUACCAACGCCAACAUUGAAGACGCAGCCAAUCGUAUAUAUCAAGAGCUAUUGCCAUACGUCAAUGUCAUCCAUUGUUCCGUGACAAUACGUUCCAAUGUGGAUUUCGGCGCGACAAUUUUGAGAUACAUUACUCUGAACCUUCGCGGAAUCGUUUUUUGCUGCACCGAAAAUCGAGCGGGCGCUUCCAACGACAUAGUGACGUCGUUGAGUCGGUUCUGCCAAGGAUUGUUUUCGAUACUCAUUUACUGUUGCAAUAACCGUUCUGUGUUCAGAUUAAACGUCGCCGCAUUAUUGCGAUUUUUACCAUUGCCGGUUAAUCUGCAACGUCUCGUAAUGAACAACGCCCGUUUGAACAUAGACCGUUAUUGGGAGGCCAUAAGCGAUUUCAACAUAAGCGUCGCUUCCAUAUGCAAUUACAUUGUACCAUCCAGCGGCAGCAGCAGUCAAGCGCAACCGACGUUGACGCCCAAUCCGGAACAGUCUUCCAAUUCGAACGCCGCCGAAGCCAACGAUCCUUUACCCGAGGUCGUGCUCGGAUCUCAAGAAUGGCACCACAGCGUUCCGCCGGAAUGGGUGCCCGUGAUUUCUAGAGACUCGCAACGCCAAAGGCGUCAAGGUGCGCAACCGCCUUACAGCGACGCAUACUUGUCCGGCAUGCCGAACAAACGUCGAAAGAUCGUCACCAACUCCAAACCCCAAGGGUCUCUGUCGCAGAUAAUUACAAAAAAUCUGGAAGUAGCGAUGGGCGCAGCGGGCGUGGCCGUCAACAAAGAAGUCACAGCCAGCGUCGGAGCCGAUACUGCGGUACAGAACGCGUACACAGAACGUAUUAGGACGUUCGGCAGGUCCGGUCUGGACACCCAUCCGGAUUUCAGUCCCGACCGAUAUCCGAACGCUUCGAAAUUUUUUUACAAUCACAACCGCCAAAAUUGAAAGAAAAAAUUAAUCGUAAUUCACACAUUUAGUCACAUUAUAUAAUAUUAUUAUACAAACUUUGUUUAUUUCAACCUGGUUUUUACUUUAUUCGUGUUUUUCAAUUUUAUCUUCUACUCUCUUAAUAUGUCUAAUUAAAAAUAAUUUAAAAUAAUCGUAGCGAGAGAUUUUGCUUGUAUUAAAAUAUAUAUAUUCAAUUUGGUUGUAAUAAGUCAACCAAAAAUUAAUAAAACAUUCUAGUAGGCUAUUCGUCAAAUAAUUUAACCGUAGAUUUCAAUGUAAAGGUGUUGGCGAAUUAUUUAAUGAUAUAUUUUACCGAGUACUAUAUGUUGUACACAACUGUAAUGCUUUUUAUAACUACUAUGUAUAUAAUUAUAUAUAUAUGUACUUCUAAAACUAUGUGUAACUACUGUGAAGUAUAAAAAUACUACAAUAUUUAUUGGUUUGUCGUAAAAAAAAAA